AUGUCAAUGGCAACAGUGGAACCUGAACCCAUUCCAGCUUGGUCAGGAACUUGGGUGGCCAACGCUCCUCAUACAUGUUCCCAAGGUCCUGUUCUUUCCACUCUUGAAGAAAUAUCUGGAAACGAAGACUGCCUCUACUUAAACGUGUAUAUCCCAGAAGAUUCCGUGGAGAACCCCAAGGCCCUUGACGUUAUAGUUUCAAUCCACGGAGGUGCCUUUAUGGGCGGCAGCGGCAGCGCGGAUUUGAAUACGUUCCUAGACAAGGAGGUCGUGCUUGUAUCUAUCAAUUACCGUGUUGGUAUUCUAGGAUUCCUUAGCACGGAAGAUGACGCCAUACCCGGAAACAACGGCCUGAAGGACCAAGUCUUAGCACUCAAGUGGGUCCGGGACAACAUCGCUUCGUUUGGGGGAAACCCCGACUCCGUUACCAUAGUGGGCUUUUCAGCGGGAGGCGCCAGCGUCCACUUCCACUACUUCUCACCCCUCUCUAAAGGUUUAUUCAUCAGAGGGGUGUCUCAAAGCGGUACAGCUAUAGCACCGUCGGCAACGAAGAAAAAUGCUUUGCAACGCGCUAAGAAGCUUGCUGUGUUGUUGGGCUGUCCUGACAGCCCCUCGGAAGAACUGAAGAAGUGCCUUAAGCAGAGACCUGUACAAGAUAUACUAAAUCAGUUGAAAUAUUUCUAUGGUUUCGACCUUUUGCCAUUCGCGCCUUUUGCGCCGGUGGUGGAAAAAGGAUCAACGAACGCUUUUCUAGACGCGGAACCUUACCAGCUUUUGAAGGAAGGUAAAGUCCACGAUGUGCCUUGGAUUACCUCCUUCACUACCGGUGAAGGAUUGCUUCUUACAGGACUUCUUUGGCAAAAGUUGGAAGAGGUAGAUGAAAAGUGGGUAGAAAUAGCUCCCUAUCUGUUGGAUUGCAACGAUACUCUAUCCGCACCAAAUAAGGAGACAGUAGCGAGGGAAGUUUUAGACUACUAUUUGGGACCAGGAGAAAAAAUCGAUAAGAAGAAUUUCAAGAAAUUUACACAGAUGCUUACUGACAGGUUGUUCGCUGUUUCUGCAGAACUCGCCGCUAAACUGCAAGCCAAGGUGACGAAAUCUCCAGUAUAUCUUUACAUAUUCAAUUACACCGAAGGUGUAAACAAACCGAUGCACUUCUUAACUGGAACAGAUGAAAUAGAAGGUGUGUGUCACAGUGAAGAUGGCAUCUACUUCUAUGGUAUACUACAUAUACUACCAUUAUCGGAACAGGAUAAGCGUUUGGUUACUGCUUGCCAGAAUAUAUUGUACUCAUAUGCCAGCAGCGGUAAUCCUUCUUUCGAUGGGACAGACGUUUGGCAACCAACGGGAUCUGAAGAGCUGACUUAUUUGCUUAUAAAUGGACCAGAAGACAUGAAGCUGCACAGGAGCGAAAGUGUGACCCCUAUCGACUUUUGGAGCAAGCUUGGAAUAUGAAAACCUCGUUAAAAAACAUGAACUGUAGUUUGCUUUCCGUAUUUUAUUUGUUUUAUAAUCUUAAAUUUUAAUAAUAUAUACAAUACACCAUAAA